AUGCUUGGGGAUAUAGGACGAAUUCCAAUUAUAUCUCUAAGCGGAUGCAUAAGCCUCUCGGAUAUUUUGUCAGAACUUCCGUUGCCACAACCGUUGCCUAAAUCUGUUAGUGGCGUUGAACUUAUCGACGAUCUUCGAUUGCAACACGAAGCGCAGAUUCAUUUGCGAUCUCGUGACGAUUGGUUGAUUGAAUCCAUUUCAACAGCUCUAUGCGCCACCUCCACAAGUGGAAUCAUUCUGAAAAAUGACCUGAAGACUACCCCCGUUGACUUUCAUACUCUUCCUCCCUUGCUGAAGGAAUCUAUUUCUCGAAAACCCAACAUUUUGGAGGAAAAUCUUAGUUUCCAAUGUAUAUACUCAAGCAAGGAGGUGCUACAAAUCCUUUCCGGUGAAGCUGGAAAGUGCCCUUCCAAAAUCGCCUCUCCACCAAAGACCCAUCUUGCGACAGCCAGCCAUCAAAACGCUGUUCCACUUAAUGCCGCUCCCCCAAAGGUUAUUUCGAAACCGCCGCAACCAACCUCGCCCAGCAACGGUGGGGUGUAUAGCGUAACUUCUGUGGAGCCGCUCAAACUGUCCAUCAAGCGAGCUCCGCCUACACCUGCGGCGCCCCUUUCAACCCCAAGUCAUGAUGGAGGGAAGAAGACACGUUGCAAACGCCGUUCCAAGGGUUCAACGCCUUCCUCGUCUAUCAAUCAAAGCUGGGCUGUCGAACGUGGCAAGAUGGCAGAAGCAGCUGUGCCAUCGGUGUCAUCUCAAACUCAACCCGUCCGAUCUCCAUGUGUACAUCAACCCGUUGUCCCAGCCCCGCGUCUUCCUCCGUUAACAACCUCUCCGCGAUUACAACCAAUUCUGCACCCCCCACCACCCCUUCCUCCUCCCGCACCCAAAGACCCCCUCUGUCGAAGCACCAAUCAAAUGCUGAACACGAUGCUCACCCAACUGCUUCAAUCCGACCACGAAAGCACAAUCGCCUCUCUCCUAAGCAGCAGUGAUGGCCAGUCCUUGGGAACUCCGGCCUCUGUCGAACCACACCAUCCCCGUUCCCCUCCGCUAUCCGUACCGUCCAACUGCUCCUAUCCGGCCACCCCUUGCGUGAACACCAACGCCUCAGUACACAACGGCAACGGCAACAAUAAUAACCUCACAACCACUGACCCCUCCCCGAUAAACGCCAUUUUCGACGCGGCCGAUGUCGGCGAUGUCAGGGAGGCAAUCUCCGCCCCGGUGCCUCCACCGCCCAGGGGUCUGGCUGCCUACCUUCAAAAAACCCACAAUCCCGAAGUUGUCGCCUCGCCGUCAGAGGAAAGUGUGGAUGCCUAUGCUAGGCAACAUGGCUCCGUGCCUCCAAUGUCUACUUCGCCGUGGGCAGAGCGUCGCAGCGGCCAACAGGUGGCACCUUCGACAGUCACUGCAGGAAACGGUGGUGGCGCCGCGUAUCCAACCUCGUCUUCACUCACCAACACGCCUAACGGACUGGAGAGGGGCGGAGGGAAGGAAAAACGAGGACGACGUCGCCGAAGUGAGUUGGAAGAGUUGAUCAACUGGCGGGUUCGUGAUCAACCAGCGUCCUCUUCGGGGUUAUUCAAGAAACACCAACCGCCAGCUCAGCAGGCCCUGCCCAUCCUCGAGAAUAGCCCUCUUGUCAGCGACAACGAGGGUGCUGCCUUCUUCACUGAGCCCCUCGGUGAACGCGUGAAACGUCGGCGACAACAGCACAAGACAACGCCGUCUUUCUCCAACGGCGGCGAGGUGGCUCGAACCGGAGGUCGUGGAGGCGGCAAAAGCGGUGGGAAAAAGCGCCACCGUGACGACACGUCCAGCGAGAUCUCGGCAUCACCUAAACGGAACUCUGCUUCGGGGCGACACCAACACCACGGCCUGACCUCCUCCGAGUCCGACCUUCCGGAGGACGACGACGAGGAGGAGGAGGAGGAAGAAGAGCAAAAGGGCAAAGACGACGCUGGCGGCGCGAGUAGCAGCAGUUGUCUUACUGACUCCCCUGUCCCACGCAAGCAGUCCUUGCAGCGACUUGUUGAGGAGGUCAAGGGGCGCCCUCCUUCCCUCUCAAAGCUCGAGAAACUGCGUCAUUCGGAGGACACCACUUCAGCAACGUCGAUGCCGGUUUCCACUGAGGAAGUGUCUCCACUUUUGUCAGCUGUGACAUCAAAUAGCCGACCUCUGUCGUCCACAGAACGUCCGAGACGAGAGGCGUCGACUCGUUCCUCAACCAGCCCGCCGCCGCUUCUCGCUCUUCAGGCAUGCGCGCCUGAUCCUCUUAGCCACGCGGGGCGGCGUCAGGUGAAAAAGCACCGACAACCAACUCAAUCUCUUUCGCCUCUCUCCUCGAACGAGGAAGAAGACGGUCCUGUGAAGAAACUCCGCCCUUCUAAAAGGUCAUGCGGUGUGUUUGGCGGGUGGGAAUUCCUGCCCACCCGGCAAAUUACAGUCGCCUUUGAUAAGCGGUUUUUUUGCUCCCCGGCGUCCUCGUCCUUUCCCCAUUCCCAUCCGCUUCACAAGGUGGUUCGUCGGCUUUUAGGUGGUAAUCGAAAUUUAGAGGCUUUAUUGCAGGCCGCGCCAAUCACCCAUCCCUUGCAAAUUCCCAUUGUCGCCCCGUCCCUUGCGUCGUUUAGGUACCGAAAAUUCUUCAAAGGUUCCUUUUUUUGCCUGUCGCGCAAACUCGAGUUGGUAAAUAUUGCUUUGAGGAAGAAGGAAAGGAGGAAUAAGAGGCGGUUUAUAUCGAUUUUGAACGAAUACUUGUCUCCUGCUCCUCCCCAGGCCUUGAGUUACCUCUGUGGCAAACUGCGCAACCUCGAGGUAGCUUUAUCGCCAGUAUCUACCAUUCCCGAUCGGCAUUCCACGAAGAUGAAGUCAGACCCUCAUCGUAGAGGCGACACGUCUGGUACUUCGGCCCGGGCCCCUGUCAAAAAGUCCCGUUCGAUGGUCGAUAAGACCCACAGGGUUCGUGCGUACCUCUCGUCCUCCUCCGACAGCGAUAAAGGCAGCAGUGUUUCGUUUGUCAAACGCCGUCACAACAAGCCCAAACCCCCGCCCUCGGAGGCUAACCUCGACAGCUCUCCAGAUUCUUCUGCGUCGUCAAAUGUUGGACGCGUCCGCACCACGCGGAAAAACACACCUAGCACUCAGCCGUGCACAUCCAGCUCUGCGAUGGACGACGACGACGAGAACGACGAACUGUCCGCGCUGAAAGCUGCCACACGGCUGCCCUCUCCGCCACCCUCCGUUGCCACCACUGACCUGUCCGAUUUCGAUCGCACCGAGGAGGUCCUGGAAGCGGAGAAGCGGAAGGCCGAGGAGGUCACCAAGUUCGCUGCCGCCUUCACUCACUUCACUGCCCACAUCACCGACCUCCUACGAAGGGUCGGAGGCCUGGAUCUACUCAAAAUCGCAGGCGAAAUGAGUUCGGUUCCAGUCGAUCCGGGGGAGGAUGGCGAGGAGUUCCCUGACCAGACGCCAGUUGAGGCUCGGCUUUCGCGACGGGAGUUAAACACCCUGUAUCAAGAAGCGGAUGACGUUCGGGUGGCUGGGUCGAUGUCGAAUGAACCCAACGGUCGUCUAGUUAGGCUGCUGAAUCUCCUCCUCGUAAACAUUCGAGAUGCUGCCUGCCUCGCAGCUCCUAAUCCCACAAACGUGAGUCUCUUUCUCUGCCGCAAAUUUCAUGGUGUGAUAGUGCCAUUUUUGCGACCUCUCUACGUCCGCGAAGCGCACCUAGAUGUCGAAUUUGCGGGCAGCCUCUCCAACUUCAAGGAGCUCAUUCAGCGACGAAAAGCGCGCAUACAGCGUCGUCACGGGGGUGUUGAAUCCGCCAGUGCCGGGGGAAGCAGCGAGUGUCUCUCGGAGUCGCUGCUCUGGUCACACCCCGCCUGGCUUCGAGUCCUGCGCGGCCUCGACGCCGCCCUCAUCGCCCUCCACAUCGUCGCUGGUCCUGACGUGCCGCGCGCUCGUCUCCUCGCCAUGGAGGACCUCGUGGAGGCCAUCACCGCCAUCACUCACUUCCACUUCAACCGACUUGUCACCGCGAUUCACGCGCCUGCUGAUUCAAAGCGCUCAGGGUCAGAUAUAUCUGCAGGUCUUACCAACCUCGUCCGCGACUCUGUUGGAAGUCGACUGAGCGAGGCACUGUGUGGACUGGUUAGCCUUGUGCGCCUCCAUCCGGGUCGUUUCACCGAUUCCCUCAUCAUGCGUCUGGUCGAUCUAGCCCUCCUUGUUCUCUCCUCGGCCCUAACUUUUACCGGAACUCGGAAAUCUCCCACCUCCUCAUCGUCAUCCUCCACCACCACCCCCACCACCGCUGCCAUUGUCCUCUUCCCCGAUCCUGCACCACCCUUCAUCGCGGGAGAGGGCCUGGAAGAGAGGCAGCGACGUCAGACCGACUACUACACUCGCAACACCUGGCGUCUGCAGAUGCAAAGAGCUGCGCUCUCACUCACCGCGACAAUCUUCUCGCAAUACGACAAACACCGCCAAUUAAUCGCCGCGGAAGUCUUCUCUACCAUGGUACCAACGCCCAGUAAGGCCUAUCGUCCGGGUCAGUCAACGCCAACUGGUGCGGCCAAGAGUCUUGCGACUGAUUUUGGCUUCGGGGAGUUUCACCAAGGGCUGGAAGCCUUUUCAAAUACCCACUCGAAACGUCACCCCCGCGGUGCCGUUAUCGACACCUACCUCAGCAUUUCCCCUCGUCGCCAAUGCGUGCUUUCUUUUGGUGCACCCCUUCACCGCAUUACUAUUGGCUCUAAUCCAAAGCUUGAUUCCCGCGCCCUCUCACCUGAUUGGCGGACGGAGAAGUUCAAGCGCUGGAGCACCCGCGACCCCAUCGAGUGGUGUGAGUCAACAAUCGACGACUACAGGGCUGCCACGAAAGGCGAAGAUGACUUGCGUCCCUUGGUUGACACCGUUCUCGUUGAUCUACUCCGAGUUGCCGCGGACUCACCAAUUGAAUGGCCUGUUGCCAACUUCCUGCUAAACGCUUUCGGAAAGGUGUUGACGCAAAUCCUAAACGGAUCCACUGCCUCCGUCUCGUCCUCCUCCUCCACUUCCCGCAGCCGAUCCCCCACCCAGACCUCCGGUUCCAACGCCUCCGUCAGGAAUCCCGACGUGGCCAUGCGUUUGGUUGCAGCCGAUAACCUCAUCACUCUGGCAGGCGGGCUUCGGCUGAUGGGAAAGUUGCGUGGCUCGGUGGAGGAAUCGUCCGCUCCGACUGAUUUUGACCUCGCUGAAGCCGAAAGCGCCUUGUCCGCCUUCCUGGCCACCCCGGUUCUGGGGUUGUGCCAUCUGACCCUCGGUUACGACUGCGAAUCGGAGGCUGGUGAGAGGGCUGUCGCCGAGAGAUUGGCCAGUUACACAGAGCAGCGAGAUUUCGCUUACCAACUUAUCUCGCGCCUUCGCUAUCAGCACUUUGAUGGGCUUACUUUGACAUCACGACGGUUCCACGUGAUCGGGUGUUUGUACGAAGUCGCCCAGGAAUUGGCCGGUGACACCAGCUCGGACCGACGAAAACACCUUGAGGAGGCUCGUCGAAGUCUCCUGACGGAGUUUGCAGCCACCCACCACAGCCUCUCGGGAAUGGCACCUUGGCUGCCACCGAGGCGUGGAACCACGACCGCAGGUUUCGGGGGCGGUGGCAGCGGUGGCGGCAGAGCCGGUCUCAUCAGCCCCACCUCCUCCGAACCCGGUUUCGGCGAGGGCCCGGGUGGCGACGUCGUGCUGGCCCUCUACACGGGCCACGGACUCGGUGCUGACGGCAGACGCCGGAAGAUCGCGCACGCCCACCGACUCGCCACCAAACUUGCCGCGCACUUCACCAACUCGCCUGGUUUCGAUUUCCUCUUUAUGCACAUCGUCAAGCUUUUUUACGAUCCCUCGAUUCCCCUGCGGGCUCGGGCCUUAAAGUGCCUGUCUUCGCUGCUUGACAUCGCUCCAGGCUGCAUUCCACCUCCACCACUGCCAUCGCCGUUGUCAACAAGCGUCGCUGUUGCCAAAUACGGUGGACCAUCGGACAUCCUCUCCAUCAUUCCCGUGCGUCUCAUGGACAGUUCACCGGCAGUCCGCGAAGCAGCUGUCGAACUUGUGGGUCGCCUCGUCACCACUCCCAACUCUUCUUCCUUCCUCGGGCCGCUCUACAACCCCCUCGUGGAUCGAGUGCUCGAUUUGUGCGUCAGUGUGCGCAAGCGUGCCGUUAAGAGCCUGCAAACUUUGUUGCUGUGCGAUUCUGACGGGGCUAAGCGAGCCUCAGGGCUUUCAACUAAGCAACGUUCCGACUCGUGCAUCAUUUUGCUGAGACGAUUGAAUGACGAGGAGUCUGUCAAGAAACUCGUUAUGGAGACAUUCCUUGCCCUCUGGUUCACCCCCCUGCUGUCAAGCGGGGACGAUGCAUCCAAGGCCGACGCGCGUCUGCGAGAGCGCGUCGCGUGUGUCUGUGAGGUUGUUGCAAGUUUUCGAAACCGUGGCCUCCAAACUGUGGAGGAAUUCAUGACUGCGAUCCUGAAUCAGGAAUCCUCGGAAAAAUCCGCUCAGGUGGACACCGCGUGCUCCGAGAUCGUGGAUUUCCUAAUCAAAAUUGUCCACCAAUGCCAAGCCAACGACUGGCACGAGGAUGCAUUUAAACCAACACCCAACCCUCCUGGCGCCAGCCAACACGCCAAGACUUGCCCCCUCCACCCCAAACACAGUCGCGGUCGUUCUGAUGCGCGCUGCACCUGCUCCAGCGACUCGAUAACCACCACCGGUGCCCUCUCGGUGCUCCAUCUUGUGGCCAAGUGUCGCCCCCAACUGCUCCUCCGUCAUGUGCCACUCCUGACGCGGGUCAUCGCCUUUGCCGCUGCCGUGCAGGACACAGGCAGCGGACCGGAGAGCAGUGCUCUUUACUUCACCACCGGCAUCAUCGAAGCCUGUUGCCUUCAUUUGGCCUCUGCGGGGGAGUCUCAGCUGAGCCAACUCUUCCCUGACGGUUCGGACGCCUUCGAGGACGCCCUGAUUGUGCUGUUGCAGCGACACUGUCGCGUCGUUGUCGACGCCUCGCUAUCCUGCCUCUCCACCAUUGUCAACCGCCUCACCAAGAAUUACUCGCGCGUCACAACCUGCUUUGCUCAGUUUUUCGGUGAGCGAUCGCCUUUUGUUUGCCUAAAGUUGUGA